AUCCGGAAAUGAGGGGAUGUUUAUGACACAUCAGAUAUAAUAAUUUAUUUUUAAUGGAUCAGACUGAGAUGAUAAAAAUGGAGAGGGUAUUGCAAUGAAAUAUUAAAUAACCGGAGAAAUCUUACGGAUUCAGGAAGUGGAUCCGCGACCCAGUUUGAGUGAAAGUUGUGUUUUGUUUUUCUUCGCAGAAGCAAAGUUUCUUCCAUUAAGUCAAUACCUAAAACAUGUCUUCAUCGCAAGAUAUAUUCAAAAAACAAAAAACCUCUUUCAUUCAAGUAGCUACAAAUGUGACAGAACAAAAACACCAUGUUUCAAGAGCUAAAAGGGGCCAAAUACUUGGAAAUUUACGCGGAUUUCGUGGUUGCACCAUUUGGUUCACUGGCUUGUCUGGAGCUGGUAAAACUUCUAUAGCUUUCGAGCUGGAAGCAUAUCUGGUAACCCAUGGAAUUCCCUCCUAUUGCUUAGAUGGCGACAAUAUGAGAACUGGAUUGAACAGGGAUCUUGGAUUCUCCAAAAAAGACAGAGAAGAAAAUAUUCGCAGAGUAGCUGAAGUCGCCAAGCUAUUUGCUGACGCUGGUCAAAUAUGCCUCUGUAGUUUUGUGUCGCCCUUCACCGAAGAUAGAGAACUGGCAAGAAGAAUCCACAAAGAUAGCGACUUGCCCUUUUUUGAAGUUUUCGUAGAUACUCCUCUGGAAGUGUGCGAAUCUAGAGAUAUCAAAGGAUUGUAUAAGAAAGCAAGGCAGGGUGUGAUAAAGGGUUUUACGGGAAUUGAUCAGGUUUACGAAAAGCCUGAGCAUCCAGAAUUGGUUUUAAAAACUGUUAGUGCUACCGUGGAAGAGUCAACCAUCCAGGUCAUAGAGAUGCUGAGGGAAAAUGGUAUCAUUCCAUUGAUCGAAGAUAAAAAGGAGGAAGUUCCAGAAUUGUUUGUGCCUACCUCUCUAUUUCCAGCAUUCAAAGAGGAGGCAGCUUCAUUAUCACGUCUUCAUAUAGGACUGAUUGAUUUGCAGUGGAUUCAGGUCCUGAGCGAAGGAUGGGCGGCCCCAUUGAAGGGUUUCAUGCGGGAAGACCAGUACCUCCAGACGUUACACUUCAACUGCCUGAUCAACGAGGGCGCCUCCGUCAAUCAGAGCGUUCCGAUAGUCCUACCGGUCACUACCUUCGACAAGGACCGUUUGGAAGGGUGUUCCGCCAUAAGCCUCUUCUACAACAACGUCUGCUACGCCAUCUUGAGAAAACCCGAAUUCUUCCCGCACAGAAAGGAGGAGAGGGUGGCCAGGCAGUUCGGCACCACCAACAAGGACCACCCGCACAUCAGGCUGAUCUACGAGGCCGGCGAUUGGCUCGUAGGCGGCGACCUGGAGGUGUUGCAGAGGAUACAGUGGGGCGACGGCUUGGACAAGUACAGGUUGACGCCGAACGAGUUACGUAAGAAGUUUAAGUAUUUAGGGGCGGACGCUGUGUUCGCCUUCCAGCUGAGGAAUCCCAUCCACAACGGCCACGCGCUCUUGAUGACCGAUACCCUGAAGCAGCUGGAAGAAAGGGGUUUCAGACGUCCAGUGCUGCUGUUACAUCCGCUGGGGGGUUGGACGAAAGAUGAUGAUGUCCCUUUGUACGUGAGGAUCCAACAGCAUCAGGCCGUGUUGGAUUCCGGUAUCCUGAACAAGUCUUCCACGGUACUGGCUAUAUUUCCGAGUCCUAUGAUGUACGCUGGGCCGACCGAGGUCCAGUGGCACGCCAAGGCUAGGAUGAACGCCGGCGCUAACUUCUAUAUAGUCGGUAGAGAUCCCGCUGGAGUGCCACACCCUGCUGGAAAAGAGGCAAGUAGUGACGGUAACCUGUACGAUGUCACCCACGGUGGUAGGGUGCUGAAGAUGGCGCCAGGCCUCAACGACUUGGAAAUUAUACCGUUCAGAGUGGCCGCCUACGAUACGGCCAACAGAAAAAUGGAUUUCUUUGAUCCGUCUAGGAAGGAGGACUUCGAGUUCAUAUCGGGAACCAAGAUGAGGACCCUGGCCAGACAAGGGGCCCAGCCUCCGGAUGGUUUCAUGGCGCCGAAAGCGUGGGAUAUUUUGUCCGGGUAUUAUCAAGACGUGAUGAAGAACAAAUAUUGAAGUACUGUGUGAUUUUAUUGUUGAUUUAUCAUUCCAGUAGUACUGUUUAUCCAGUGAAACAUAGCCGUGCUGCCAUGGAUGAAAUUAUUUUUGUAUUUCUUUAGUAUAGUUAUAACCUUAAGCUGAACCAAACACUUUGGUUGUGACUAUUGCCUCAUUACUUUCAAGGUUUGGGCUUUCGAAAUGGCAUUUAGGGGUAUACUUUGGCUGUUCCUUGUAUUCAUAUGUGUUAGCUUGAAAUCGAAACGACGAACAAAUAUACUGAAACACAAUCGAAUGAAAUACAUUUUGGAGCCACAUGUCGUAGCAACUUAGCCAGAUUAUAAUGUAAAAUGUGGACCUCACAAAAAGGCUCUAAUUGAUUUCGCUUUCUUCAUCUGGAACUGUCGAAAAUGGCCAUUAAUACUCAUUCCCAGGGGAGUCUUUUAUUGAUUGCAUUGAAUCUUCUUGCAAAUUUAUAUAUUUUAAUGUGCCAAUGUGCAAUAAACGUCGGAAAAAAUCGAUAA